UCCCCAGUACUUGCUGUUCCUCGUGCCUCAGUUUCCCCAGCUCAGCUUCCCUGUCGCCAGGACACAUUAUCCUGAAGGACACUGCCAUUGCUGGUGUCCCCAUGUCCUGACCAUGCCCCACCACCCACAGACCACAAGCAGCACCCACCCCCGCACCCCCUCCCCGCCUUGGGGCAGCCAUGGGGUGGGCACACACCUGCUUUGCCCAGCUCUGCCCUGCCUCAGUUUCCCCACAUCCCAUGCCCUUUGGCCACCCCGCACCACCAGUGCAGAGACCGUACACAACUCAUGACACAAUUGACCCACUCUGGUCUCCCCAUCUUUGACCCAACCCAACCUGACCCUCCGUGACCAGGGGAUCUCGGCAGAGGUUGGUGGCCAGUGACAGAUGACGGGUGGCCGGGCUGAGGUGGCCGCUGGCAGCGCUGCCGAGGAGUAUUUCUGGAGUGCGGUUGUGCUCUUUCCAAUCAUGUGAUGAGGACAUUAUUUAAGGCGGCUGCGAGGCCGGCAGGCAGCUGCGAGCUGGGCGGUGCAGGGCCACGCUCACAGCCAGCCGGACCCCCGGGACCCCCAUACACGCGUGUGGCUCUGUGUGUGUGUCCCCCCUGCACCCCCUCGCCAUGGUUGACGCCUUCCUGGGCACCUGGAAGCUGGUGGAUACGGCCAAUUUCGAUGAGUACAUGAAGGCAUUGGGGGUGGGCUUCGCCACCCGGCAGGUGGCCAGCCUCACCAAACCCACCACCAUCAUCGAGGUGGCGGGCGACAAGAUCACAGUGAAGACCCAAAGCACCUUCAAGAACACAGAGAUCAGCUUCAAGCUGGGCGAGGAGUUUGACGAGACCACGGCGGACGACAGGCACGUCAAGUCCAAGGUCACGCUGGAUGGAGGCAAACUCAUCCACGUGCAGAAGUGGGAUGGGAAGGAGACAUCGCUGGUCCGGGAGCUGAAGGAUGGGAAAUUAAUUCUGACUCUCACCAUGGGCAACGUCGUCUCCACCCGCACCUACGAGAAGGCGACAUAGACACCAUCCCCAUCUCCCUCACCCGUCACCCGGUCCUGCAUUCGCCCCCGCCCUUGCCCCGCGCCGGGCACGGUUUGCCAUGGUCUUGGAGCCCACUGCACCCGCCGGGAACGCCGGCUGUCCCGUCCCCAUCGCCUCAUGGGGCUGCUUGGGGCUUGGGUGGUGGUUUCAUGGUUUGGGUUUGUUUUUUUUUUUUAAUAAUGGGAAAAUCCACAUGGAAAAAUAAUAAAGGCCAUCUUGUUACA